AUGACCCAAUUGGGGAAGAGAUCCAUUGAAACCAAGAAAACCUCAAUCGAAAAACCAUAUUGGAGAAGAGCUUUCAAGAAAGAUGGAUAUGUUCAUAGUGGUCGUCAUUGGAAGAAUUGGGGAAGCCUUUGCUGCAGAAUCGCCACCCAGAUCCAGUCAAUCGAAGAAGCAGUCCGUCAAUUCCGAGCCAGAGAAAUCGCGGUGGAACUGGGCAGAUUCGUGGGAUACGAAAAAAAUAGGGAUGAAAGCUCAAUUCUGAAGGUCGAGCCCGAGCCUUCGAGGUUCUUGUGGGGUAGGGAAGUCAUCGAAAGGGGAAGUGUCGUCGUAGACGCGAUUGAUGAGGGUCUCUCGGAUCUGGUCAAGGCGGUGGUGGCUGUUGCUGGUGUUGCUAGUCGGGAAUCAGAGAGGUUGCCAUCGGCGAUUAGGAUGAGAGGAGAAGAUUGCGGCAGAGUUUUCGUCAUUUCUCUGUCGCCGUAUGCUUCCAGCCGCGAGGAGCCGCCUGAGCUAGCAACCAAGAAUCGUCUAAGAUCCACCAGAAAUCGUUGA